AUGGCAUCAUCACGAUCAACGACAACUCGUCUCUUGAAAGAGUUGCAAGACUACAGCAGUAAUCCAAACGAAGCUUUACUACAUCUCGGUCCAAUAAAUGACGAGGAUCUACUACACUGGGAAGCGGUAUUGAAGGGCGUCAAUGGGACGCCAUACGAAGGCGGCCUUUGGCAACUCCACAUCGAAAUCCCAACCAACUACCCCCUCUCCCCGCCCACCGUCCGCUUCAAAACGCGCAUAUCCCACCCAAACAUCAGCUUCACAACCGGUGAGAUAUGUCUCACUUUACUUACUUCAGAACACUGGAGUCCCGUGUACACAAUCUCAACUACACUCUCGGCGAUUCAUCAGCUCUUGACGGACCCGAGACCGGAUUCACCACUCAAUGUGGAUGUCGCGGCGUUGUUGAGGGAUGGGGAUGUGGCGGGAUGGGAGAGCAUUGUGCGGUAUUGGACGGAAGAGGAGAGGUGGUUGGGUCCGCCCGGAAAUGCGAAGCCUGCUGCGAGAUGA